UUUACCACUUGUAGCUGACAGUGAGCAGCUCAAAGCGACGACACAGUCGUCGCCCUGCGAGGUUUAUCUACUCUAUGGGGAGAUCAUACCUAAGAGGCUUGGCCAUGGGAAGUAUGGAUGAAAAUUUCUCUUUGUCUAUUCUACAUCCGCCCUUCAUCCCUAGAGCGCUGCAACAGAGGUCACUAUUGAUCGAAAAGGUUCAACUAGCUCCAGGUGUCUAUGCUUUCAUUCAAUGGGAAGCCGUCACCAGUUGGUUCCUCUCUGGGUGCUGCACUGCCUUUGCCAACUUCAGUUUUGCCCUUCAAAGUUUUCAAGAAAAAACGUAAUAAAAGUCACUGUCUGAUUAGGACAUUCGAGCACAGUCUAUACAUCGUUCGGCAAACUGGAGUGAGGAUUUUCGAAUUUGCCACCAAUCACUCACAGGGAAGAACUUGACGACAUCUCAUACUCGCAGCCAUGACGAGCUCGAGCGCGCUGGUUUCACUGAGCUUGCUGGCGGCUCUGGUGAUAUCGAGCGCCAAUGGAGCGUGUACCAGAUUCUUCACAGCAGAGGAUGCGCAGUCCGUAAACGUUCCCAGCAAUUUGGACCCGGAGCUCAUUCCUCCGCAGGGCAAUGUGCCCAUCGCUCAGCUUUUCGGACUGGGUGCUCAGCAUUACACCGCCAACGGCACGGCAUGGGUGCUGACGAGCGCCACCGCUGAGCUCUUCAAUUCGCGCUUCGAGAAUAUUGGCGUCCACUUCUACCUGCCGCACGCUGACCCCAAGGGUGGCCAGCCUUCCUGGAAGACACCGUGCCCUCGAAGUCUUGUCACCGCCAAGCGCGUCUUCACCGCGCCGGUUCAAAACAAUAACAUCCCCUGGGUACUGCUGGAGGCUACCAAUUCCCAAGGCUCCUGUGGGUUAUUUGGCGAUGUGACCUACGUUCAAAGGCUGUUCACAAAGAACGGUCUGCCUACUUCGACUGCGCCUACGGAUAUUAAUGCUACCUUUAGCUCGUCGUACACAUCGUUCUAUGUGUUCUACAAGCAGAUGUAGACGAAUGAGUGUCAUGAGUCGCCGGAGAGUGGGCGACUGAGGUCAUUAAGGCAUUCGAUGAGUGGAUUCAACAACAAAAGCACGACCUAGAAGCUGCAAAACUCGGGGCUCUACCCAGAGAGGUGCUGAAGAAGCUGGUGGCGAGAGCAGUGGCCGCUGCCAUGUACAAAGUGUAGCUGAAGGUUUGUCUACGUCUCUGGGAGAGAUGGUGGUGGAGAAGACAGAGGGUUGGGGUUUCCAGACAGCAGGAGAAGCAGCAUGGAUUGCAGUGAAAAGUUGGGCUUGUCAGCAAGUGGUCACGGCGGGUGAAUUGAAAACGGAGAAUUCUGGGGCGAGUGAUGAUCAUCUUCGUCUGCUUUCUUUCGUCUGUAUAUGGAGCAUUGAUAGCUCACGCUGUACAUAAGGAAGUUUUCGGUCAGACCCACUUAAGUUUAAACCGGGCAUCUUGCUAGGCUCCAGCGCUUUUUUUCACUUUAUCCAGUUUCAAAAUUGCAAUAGUUUUUCCAUGAAUUCGAACAGAUCUUACAAAAUAUUAUUGAUUACAGGAUACUUCUUGAAUAUGUCCGGCUCAUGUCGUUACGUAAUGGGUAUCUUUACUGUAUAUAAUUGCAGAGUAAUUGAUUUCAGAUUGGAUAGAAGGAAGAAUACGGUCAGAACUAAAUUGUCAACAUGGGAUCUGACUCUGAAUUUGUCAUCUUUCAAAAGCUCCGUUGUAAUAUCAAACCAAGUGAAGUGCCAGCACGUUCUGCCACAUAUUCCCAUCUCUGG